AUGCGGUCUAAACAUCAGAUAUUCAUCACUGUCCCUAUCCCGAGCCGCGUGCCGCCGGAAAUCGUCCUCGCUCACAUCCAGACCUACACGCCCAUGCUGGCCAACAACGAUGUCAUUAUGAGCUUCAAAGAGACGACGCCCAACAUGGAGCUCGUCACCAAAGACCCAUUCUUUGGCACGCCGAACAGCAGCGUGAGGACCUUUUCGUCCAGCGAGAGACUCAUGCUCGCGCCCGGCCUGACGAGGGAUAGGAGCUGGCCCGUGACGUGUCUGAGUAUACCGAAUGGUAUCCGCUGUAGAGCUGAUGCCAAGGCUGGUGUCACUGUGAGGACGGAGUGGAUUGUGAGGCCGAGGCAGGAGUUUGGAAGUAGUCCCGGUACUAGUAGUCCGGGGACGCUGGUGGAGGAGUGGGAGCUGUAUGAGGAGGUUAUCAUUGAGGCGAAUAGUCUUCUUAUGCCGUUUGUUGCGAGGACUGCGGAUGAGGUCCAUAGAGGGAUCUGUCAGAAGGUCGUGGAUGAGGUUGUGAACAAAUACUUAGCCAAUGGUACUCAUUGA